AUUUAAACAGUCAAGUUAAAUCAAGCUGGGUAAUCAUGGCAGAAGGAGGAUUCGAUCCCUGUGAAUGUGUUUGCUCUCAUGAGCAUGCGAUGAGAAGGCUGAUCAAUCUGUUGAGGCAGUCCCAGUCCUACUGCACAGACACAGAAUGUCUCCAAGAAUUACCAGGACCCUCUGGUGAUAAUGGCAUCAGUAUUACCAUGAUCUUAAUGGCCUGGAUGGUAAUUGCAUUGAUCUUGUUUCUACUGAGACCUCCUAAUCUUCGAGGAUCCAAUCUAACUGGGAAGCCCACCAGUCCUCAUAAUGGACAAGAUCCACCAGCCCCUCCUGUGGACUAACUUUGCGACAUGGGAAGUGAAAAUAGUUAACACCUUGCACGACCAAAUGAACGAAGAUGACCAGAGUACUCUAACCCCAUUAGAACUGUUCUUCCUUUUGCACCUGCAAUAUGGGAUGGUAUUGUUUUCAUGAGCUUCUAGACAUUUCAUUUGCAAGCUUAUUUUUGCCUCCUGUGUUAUCACCAUUCCUAUUCACGGUGUAUUUGAGUAAAUAAUUAUAUUUUUAAAAAUUACAUGGGCUUUUUGGUUACCCUAAACUCAGACAUUCCAUUCAUUCUAUUUGUAACUGUGAUCACAAUUUUGGUGAUGACUUCUGGCCUGAUUGAAGGAAAUUUAAGAUCUCUGCAUUUAAAUAUUUUAAAUAGUUUUGAUAGAUUUGAAGGUUGCUUUUUUCAUGGGCUAUUUAUAACGUUAUUUGGGGUUGUCUGAGGUUUUAUGAAAGAAAAUUAAAACCACACUAUAUUUCUACUUACCUUGGUAGUUUAUUUGUGUGUGGGUAGCAGUUCUUGGGACUGUGGCAGCCUUUAGAAUAUUUUACAAGUUACAGCUGAAAUCUGCAUCAUUCAUUACAACUGGCUUAUGUGACUAGAAAAGGAGGAGAGAAUAAAUUAUAUAACUGUUUACUAAGGUUUUCAUUCCCAUAAAAAUGUCUAAUAUUAAGAAAACUUUAAAUAAACAUGAUUUAAAUAUGGUGGAUGAUUUUCAGUCCAUUAUAUGACAUAUGAAGCCACUGUAUAUUAACUAGCCUUACAAGGUUCAUGAAAGGAGGAAAAUAGUUAAUUCUUUUUGCCUUUGCCAGGUAUAAUCUAUUCAGUAAUAAUUUAAUCUGUAAUUUAUUUCUUAAAUGAGUGCCUCUCAGAAAGCUUCCUUUUUGUUCAGACACUUCCCUGUUAAAUGAAACUCUUAAAGCUAACUGUAUGGGGAGCCUGUUUGCUUACUGACAUUUGAAUGCUAUUUGUUUAUUUACUCUCUUUUCCUUUGAAGAAAAAUAAAUUUUGAGUAUUUUGUGGUC